AUGAAGGAUAGGUUAGACAGCCUGGUGUUAUUCCUGCUGAGUUUGUUCCUUCGUUUAGUACUAUGGGUUUUUUCAAGUGUCGUUUUCCCGUUAUUCUACGCCGUUCCAUUCAUCGAGAAGUUCAAUAUUGCCGGAGCAUCGAAUUAUCCAAAUAAAUUAGUUGAAGAAGUCGUUAAUGCGGCAGACGUGACAGAUAUUUGCCAUGCGCAUGGAUACGAAGUGCAGGAGCAUGUUGUAAAGACUCAGGAUAAUUAUCUGCUCACUAUCCAUCGUAUCUUAAAUCCGGAAUUCAGAUCGUCCACAAUCGAUAAAGAAAAAGUGGUUUAUUUCCACCAUGGGCUCUUGACAAACAGCGAGUUAUUUUUGUUAGGGGAAACGACUGGGAAAUGUUUACCGUUUUUACUCGCAGAUCGCGGUUACGACGUUUGGUUGGGCAAUAACAGAGGAAACAAGUACAGCAGAAAACACAUAAAUCUGUCGUCGAAGGAUGUGAAGUUUUGGGAUUUUUCUUUAGACGAGUAUGCCAUUUUUGAUAUUCCAGACACUUUGAAAUACAUUCUGGACACUACUUUAGCUGGACAGCUGACUUACAUCGGGUUCAGUCAGGGCUCUUCUCAGGCGCUGGCCGCAUUUUCGAUCAAUCCACAACUGCGUCACAGAGUGAGACUAUUCGUCGGCCUCUCACCACCAUUGAUUCCUCGCUCUUUGAGCCAUCCAGUGGCCAGAUUUCUGGUUCGCUCCUCGGCAGAGCUUCUUUACUGCAUUUUUGGCAGACGUGCGAUCCUUCCCUUUGUGGUGAUUUGUCAAAAGCUUUUGGGUCCCAUAAACUACAUGAGGGUCGUUGAUCGGUCUCUGAUUUAUCUAUUCAAUUGGAAGAGUAAAAGAAUUAAUGAGACUCAGAAACAAGUCGGUUACACCCACAUGUUUUCCCCAUCAAGCGUCAAGAGUGUGGUGCAUUGGUUCCAAAUCAUCAACAAUAAGCGAUUCCAAAUGUACCAGGAAGAAAUUUCAAGGUUGUAUGCGUCGUUGCCCUCCCUGCAUGGGAAGUUACACCGGUGCGCGCCGUUCCCAGUCCAGGUCAUCGAAAAAAUGCCUAUGAUGCUGAUGUAUGGCACCGACGACAUAUUAAUAGACAUGGAUUUAACCCAACAGAAAUUGAAGGGGAAUAUGGGAGACGUUACUUUGCAUCCUCUUGCUGGCUACGAACACAUGGAUCCGCUGUGGGCCGACGACGUUGUCGACCAAGUCUUUACACCCAUCAUAGAGAGGAUCGAAGAAUUGCAUGCAUUUACCAAUUCAACAGGUAAAAGUUCUCCAGAUUCCAAGUCUCUCUCGGAAGCAGCUACAGUUUUCCCAGAGACGAAUGCGACUUCCAUGUACAUGAGUUGCAUGGGUAAGAACCUCGACGUUCCGACUUCAAAAUUAAGUUUGUGA